AUGCUUGUAGCCUUUGCUAUGCUUAAUGAAUCAAGGCAACACCACCGUCGUCGUGCCCAGAAUGUGGAUAGACAUAGGCAGUCUCGGGGUAAGAAUCUCAUGGAAGAUUACUUUAUCCCAAAUUCCUUAUAUCCUGUUUCUAAGUUUCAAGAGAGAUAUAGAAUGCAGCCACAUUUGUUCCAAAAAAUCAUGCAUGAUAUUUGUAAUUACGACACAUACUUCAUUCAGAAAAAUGAUGCUUGUGGAGUUUUGGGUCUUCUCCCAGAGCAAAAACUUACAGCUGCUUUGCAGAUGCUUGCUUAUGGGGCAUCUGCAGAGCAGGUGGAUGAGAUUGCAAAGAUGGGAAAAUCAACUAUCCUAGAGUGCUUGGUGAGAUUCUGUGAUGCAGUAAAAAAUCUCUACAUGAGGGAGUACCUUCGUAGACCUUCUCCUAAGGACCUCCAAGGGCUUCUACAAAAAGCUGAGACUCGAGGUUUCCCAGGAAUGAUUGGAAGCAUCGAUUGGAUGCACUCGCAGUGGAAAAAUUGCCCAACAGCCUGGCAAGGAGAUUAUGGGAAUCGAAAGGGCCAAAAAAGUAUAAUUCUGGAUGCCAUAGCUUCAUUCGACACUUGGGUUUGGCAUACCUUCUUUGGAGUGGCCGGAUCUCAAAAUGACCUCAAUGUGCUUGGUCAAUCCCCAAUGUUUAAUGAUGUAUUGCGAGGUCAUUCUCCCCAUAUCACGUACCAAAUCAACAACACUAUAUACUCUAGUGCGUACUACCUUGCUGACGGAAUUUAUCCUAGGUGGAUGACAUUUGUGAAAACAAUUCCGAAUCCUCAAUCCUAG